AUGCAUGGCGGCAAUAAAAUCGACGGAUCGAGUGGCACAUGCGCAGAUCGUGGCGAAAGUCCACACGAUUGGAUCCUUUUACACAGUUUAAGUGACCAUGUGGAUGUGCUGAGCGGCAUUUCACGUAAUGACUGCGUAGUUGACGUUGUCGUAGUGAAAAAGUGCAUGAGCAGGACUAAUGUCGUGCAGCUGAAGAGGUCACGCGGAAUGAAAAUGGCAAUUACAAAUGGACUCUUUUUUUCGCUGAGGUGGAGAGGAGGAGGAGAGGAAGUGCUUCGGAAACGACAUGGUCGGACGUACGUAGUGCCGCCUUGA